CAUAGAUAUCAUAAACAACUAUGUAUAGUAACAAUCGUCACUAUACAUAGGCCGAGUUUUAUAAAAAAUAAUGUAACAGUGGAUUGCCACACACUCUUGUCAAGUCCCUUUGAGCGACUUUCUUGCUAAAGGCGCUAUGUAAAGCUCAAAUGAAUUGAAUAAAUGGCGAAGAAUCUACAGUUACUGCCCGCGGCUGUGUAUUCCAAUUACUCUGGACAGUGAUCAGCCAAAGCCCCGCCCCUUUUUACGUCACCAAACAUUUCGCAGCCUCAUUGGCUAGCGUUUCCGCACCGCUUCGGCUAUUGGCCGUCAGUCGCGUCUGUCAUCCUUUGGGCGUGAAGCUGAAACUGCUGUUCGCAACCACGAUAGGUUCAGGUUGACACCCAGAUGCUGGAAUGAGGAAGGCUGAACAUGGACUCGGAAUGACAGCGGUUUAAGCAAGAGCUGCCGGAAAGCAACAGAAACAAAGAGGCAGAGAAAUGAAAAGCGUCACGGUCGCCUUUUACAGCUGUGUCCUGGGGCUCCUGGGAAUGGGGCUGCGGGAGCUGAUGUGGGGAUUCGAGGAGAACAGAUGCAGCAUGACCUACAUGUUCGAGUACCCCGAAUACCGGCGUGUACAGCUGCCCCGGCGUGUGGCGAAUCAGUACCCAGGAUACGGGCUCUACCUGUACGGAGAGGGUGCCUACGCCCAGGAAACCCGGGGACUGAAACUCAGUGGCGCCCCCGUGCUGUUCCUACCUGGAAAUGCAGGCAGUUACAAGCAAGCGAGGUCCCUGGGCUCAGUAGCUCUCCGGAAAGCAGAGCACAUGGCUGGCAGGAUCCACCUGAACGUGUUCACCGUGGAUUUCAGAGAGGAGUUGGUGGCCCUCUAUGGGGGUAGCCUCCAGCGACAGACACUCUUCUUACACGAGAGCAUCAAGGCCAUACUGCGCCUCUACAAGAAUCAGCCCCACCCCCCGCGCAGUGUGGUGCUGGUAGGACACUCCAUGGGCGGUGUGGUCGCCCGGGCUCUCUUCACACUGCCUCGCUUCGACCCCACACUGGUCAGCCUGAUCCUGACCCAGGCUUCGCCUCACCAGGCCCCUGUGUUAGCGCUGGACGCUGACCUGCUAGAUUUUUACUCCACAGUUAGGAGGCAUUGGUGUGCAGGGACGGAGGAGCUCCACAAUGUGACGGUGCUGUCUGUAGGGGGGGGGCACAGGGAUUACCAGGUACGCUCUGGCCUGACGGCCCUGCCCUGCCCCCAGGGAGACCCCAGCAAGCUGUCCAUGGUGACCACUGCUGUGCCCAGGACCUGGGUGUCCACAGACCACCUGUCCAUCGUGUGGUGCAAAGAGCUGGUUCUUGCCACUGUGAGGGCCCUCUUUGACCUCAUUGACCCAGACACAAGACAGUUCACCGAGGACCAGCAGCGCAGAAUGGCUGUGUUGAAGCAUCACUUCAUCAGGCAUCCAAUGCGGCUUCUGGAAGAGCAGCAUGACACAGAGGUCUCCUGGUUAUCAGGCCCUGCUGAGGCGUGGACAGAGGUCAACACCCUGAGGCUGCUGUACAGCGCGCCCAAGGAGCCCAGGGUGAAGUACUUCCUGUUCGCCCUCUCUGGCCGCAGGAAGGCUUACAGCCACUUCCAUUGUCGGAGCAGCAGUCUGGAGAUGAGCAGCUGGCUGUAUGGAUGCACCCAGAUGAACACCUCCUUUUGCGCGCAGGCUAUAGACCUGUCCUGGGGGACAGAACUGCUGCCCGCCUAUAAGGUCGUGACAGUGAAGCUCAGUGACCUGUCCUCGGUGUCCCACCUGGUCAUCGGUGCCUCUAACCUUGCUGGUAAUCAGUUCAGUGUGGAGUGCGAGUGGCUCAAUCUGGACUCCAGGAUGGUGUCCACACCUGUGCCACAUGUCCUCUCCCUCGGUCUGACGGUCAGUGACGUCACUCUCAACUCCACUGGUCUUCUGCACACCGUGCGGCUGGAGAACUUUCACCAGGUCUAUCAGGCUUUCAGAAUCACCGUUAUGAGCCAGUGCAAAACCGGCAAAGACCGCCUGCCCAGUGUGUACAGACUGUCCGUGCCCUGGUUCAGGGAGGGUUUUUUCACUGCGGCCAGUGUGCCCUCAGUAACAGAGAUAGCUGCCAUGCUACACACUAGCCGACCUGAUAACACAUCCAGUGUCCUUCUGCAGCUCCACACUGCCCCUAAUUGCCAGUACAAGGUGUCAGUGAGGACCUCUUUCCCCAAGGUGCUGGGCCAGAUGCUGCGUUACUGUGGUCCGACCCUUCCGUCCUACACUGCGGUGGGCUUGCUGCUGGCUUGCGAGAGACAGAUUGAUUCCUUAAUCAAGACAGGCCGUCCCUUGGCCAUGAGCACGGCUGUAGGGGGCGCCAUCCAGCCACAUAAGGUGGAGAUCCCAGUCUACCUGCUGCAGCUGUUGCUAAGGCUCAGCUGGUUCCGGGACGGCUGGUCCGCCCUGUCGCUGCCCCUGCCGGACAGCCUGCCCGUGUCCACCCUGGAUGGCGUGGGCAGUGUGGACCCCGCAGAGGACUGGAGCCGGCUGCUGGGCCUGCUGCUGCAGGUGCUGGGAGCCGGCGUGGCCUUCUGGGGCAGCGCGCUGUUUCGGCUCGCUCUGCGCGCACUGUCUCUGGUCAUGGCUCCACUGCACAGGCCUUGUUUGUCCAGGCACUGUGGCGUCCUCCAUCCCUGGGCUCAGGUGCUGCUCAUUCUGACCCUGGGGGUGCUGGGGCGGAUUACAUGCGGAGCCCUGGCCUUCUCCCUGGCCUUCCUGUGCUACCUGUACCGGGUGCUGAGACUGCUCAUGACGCACAGGACUCUGAAGCACGUCCUCAACUUGGCACCCCAGCAGCAGAAGGUGGACAAAAGGAGCAGCCCCGAUGAAGAUGGUCAUGUGGAUGAAGACGGUCACGCGGCGACUGCGAAGAGCAAUGGGGGGCCCUUGCUGACAGACUUGGUGCUUCAGGAAGUGACAGAUGAUCUGGAACUACACCUGAGCUUGUCUGCGCUGCUAACCGUGCCAAUGGUGUUGAUCACGCCCUCCAUGAUCCACUGGGCCCGGAGCCUGAGGUACGCCAUCCGGCUGCAGCCUGACCCCUGCUGGCCACUCACCCUGCCUCUGCUCACCUCCACCAUUCUGUUGAUCAACUGCAGCUGUGUCACUUUCAGACACAGUAAGAUCCUGGUCCUGGUCCCUCUGCUCCUGCCGCCCCUCUGCGUCGCCAUGGCCACCUUCACCUUGCUGCACCUGUACCGCGUGACCCCCCUCCUUUGCACGGCCCUGAUUCUGCUGCUCCUCUGCAGCCACGUCUGAGUGCUGCGCCCCCCCAGGGGACAGGCUCCCCCUCCGCAGUCCUCUGCGUCUCCUGAAAAGGGUUUUGUGGUCCUUUCGUUGGUUCAGGUGUGGUGACAGUGACUUUGAUUUUCAUCAUCGUCUUUUGAUAAGAUAUGGUGAGUUUUGACUGUUAUCAUGUGAAGUACCUUUUUUUAUUAUUUGGAGGUAAUCCAAGCCUUAUUUGACCAUGAGUGAAGUGAAGUUCUCCAGUUGGCCUGCUUUUUUCUCCUUUACCUCACCCUCCCCCCUCAGAAGCCCCGCCCCCCUUCCCAUCAUUCCUGGGUCUCCGCUCUGUUUUUUUGCUGCCAGGCUUUGGGUCCCUUUGCGUGGGCCAUGCAGUGCCAUGAGGGGAGUCUGCUGACACUGGAGUGUACCCCCCCCCCAUUGUGUGCAUGUGUGUGUUUUAUAUAAGACAUUAGAGAUGUGAGACAAACAGACGUGUUAGGGGCCAUGAUCCCUCCUCUUGUUGUCCUCCCACCUUCAGCCACUAGGGGGCAAUAUGAAGCACCCAACUGAUAGAGAGUGCCGUUUUUAUGAUGCGUAGGUUAUUUGCUUCCCAGCCUCUCUCCCCACAGACAGAGUUUGUAGGCUAACGCUGUCGUCAACGUGGGCUGUGUGUAUGACGUCUGAACACUUGGCACACUCGCAUCUGGACCUGCUACUGGGCCGGUGAAGUUCAGCCACAACCCCUUCCCUCUGAGGCCUAGCCGACCUCCACUGUGAUAAAGUACACGCCAGUGCCUUCCUGCAGAGAUGCCCCCUCUUACUGAUCUGGUGUGAUUGCUGGGGACCCCUCUAGUUUAGCUUGGAGGUUUUUCCUCCAGCAGAGGGCGCUGUUGACUUCAUCUUAUGUAAGGGAAGCACAUGGCCGUGAGGGAAUCCGCACGUCUUAGUGAGAGUCUCAAGUCUGGAGAUCCACCCAGAUCAGCCACAGCGCCCUCUUACCCACCGCUCACAGAAAAUCUCCCACCUGCUGGUCCCUCGCACCUCAGUGACACACCUGUGUCACCUUCACUGUGAAUGUACCUGUGUGUGUGCGUGCGUGUGUGCGUGUGCAAGCUAAAUAACCACAUUUCAGGUACAUGUAUAAAUGUCAAUCAGUAAAAAAUCUGUGUAGGCUGAAGUUAGAAAAACAUGCUUUUCGAUGGUGUGAAGUGGUCUUUUUAACCCCUGUAUUGCCACGCCACGCUCCUGCUGUAAUUUCCACACCAGCUGUCUUUAACAUUAUUACCCAGAGGCCUUUGUGGGCCCGUUCCCAUGGCUGGCAGCCAGGGGGCGCCACGUGACCGUGCUCAGCACCCCCCAGAGGACGGGCUUCACAUCUAGUAGAUGACUGUAGGCCUGUACCAUGUCCUUGUUGCGUACGGACAUGCGUGACAUGCUGAUGUUGUAAAAUGGUGACUUUAAUGUGCGUAUAACUGUGUUUUAAACAGUGUGGGCUGCUUUGGUCUUUGUUUGGCACGUCCCGUGAAACGCAGCUCGGUGUCACACGCCAAGCCUCGCUCGCCCAUCGGUAAACCGUGACGUCUGUGGUCGUGCGCCAGGCCGUCUGCCCAGGGGACCUCGGGGCACAGUAGAGCCAGGAGCCCCUUUUUCACCAUGUAAACCCAGCACCCUGACUUGCGCUGGGCUGCUGUUACAGUCCAGCUACUGGCCAGUCUGCCCAAUUACUGCUAAUGAUAUUAAGUGUCCAUGAAUACCGACUAGGCGUGCAGUCUGUAGUGUCCCUACUUGGGACUGGAGGUGGUAAAAGGCCGCUGUGCACAGGCGUCUGCCUGGCCCCUCUGCCCUAUUACAUGUAGCUCCCUAGCAUCCUGGAGCAGAAACGUACCCUGGGCUUCAUGGCUGGUAAAUUCCGUCGGUGGUUUUCAGGUAAUCCUAUGCGCCAAUGUCUCGGGUAAAAGCCUUUAUUGAAUGGUAUGUAGAAGGUUUUUACAUUUUUGAAUAUGAAUUAUUUGAAGAUUGUGCUAUUUGUACAUAUUGUUGUUCUAAUUAAAGUUGUAAAGAUGUU